AUGGAAGAUUACAGGUCAUAUGGAAAUGGGUUCAGUGGAGACGCCAAUACAGAGGGCAACUAUGCCGCAAAGCCUCGGAACUCCUACGAUUUGAGGUCGUAUUCUGCUUCCUAUGCACAAACCCAGAUGGAAAUCAAGGAAUCGCAGUUCAAGAAAGCGAAAACCCCAUCUGGGUCUGUCUCUAAAUCAUGGAGUUUCGCGGACCCUGAAUUCCAGAGGAAGAAGAGGGUUGCUAACUAUAAAAUGUAUUCUGUGGAAGGCAAGAUGAAGGGUUCUUUCAGGAACAGUUUCAGAUGGCUGAAGCGCAAAUGCGAACAGGUCGUUUAUGGCUGGUGGUGA